AUGGUGCGUGAUGCAUCUGCGAGGAAGAUACAGCGAUGGAUCCGACGAGUUCAAAGGAAAUUUCGAAUGCGACAACGAGUUCUACGCUCCAGAAACCGCCGUCAAGACCAGUACAGCUUUUGCCACUGCUCUUCCACGCUUAUGAAUCGUAGAGGUGGUGCUCAAGCUCAUCUAGAAAAUACCAGCGAUCAGAUUAUCCAGCGUCUCGCUCGUGGAUUCAUUAUCCGACGACGUAUUGUUCGAUUCAAGCGACAACACAUUGCUGCUUGCAAAAUCCAACGUGCUUGGAGAAAAAAUCUACGCGAUCGACAGAAAAUCCUGCAGGAUGCGUGGAACCAGAAAGCCCUAUCAAAUCCUCAGCGACUCAACUCCAGAUGGUAUACCAUUGCCCGUGGAAUGAUACGAUGCUCGCGUGACGUGAAGCAGCUUCAGCAGGUUUGUGCAGUGCAAGAUGAAGCCAUCGGCCACCUCUGGCGCAACAAAAUCUGCAGUGAACCAGCAGACAAAACUAACGAGAAGAACGUCGUUCGCUUCCAGUUGGGAUUGCAUGAAAAAGCGGAACAAAGUGACGAUACGUCCGACAAGGUAAACGCGAUGAAGAUCCAGAUUGAUCGACAGUCACUUGAGAUCGACCAACUGAAGCAGCAGGUACAGACACUACAGAAUUUAGUUGCUAAUCUGGUUGCUACCAAAUCUGAAAGCGUCGAUCCAUCAGAAUAAAAACUGAUUUUGACAU